UUGCCCACAUCACGCACGAAGAAAACAUCGCUUAUGGAGAAAGAUUUCCAUCUUGUCGCAAGCUUGCAAAACUGGGACUCACUAAGACAAAAUAGUGCACAGUACUAAUGGUGAAUGUAACUCUUAGUUCACAGCAGUGCAGCACUUUACAGAACUCGACUGUUUCAGGGUGCCUAUGACUGCGCCGAAUACCGGAUUCCAGAACUCCAGACAAUGUAGGGUGCAAGCUUGAACAACUGCCGACGAUGUGAGUCGAGCGCCGCCUUGCAAAGGGAUGCUAAGGAGCAGGAGGCGACAGUGGCAAAGAAGCUGUGCUUCACGCCGAAGAAAAAAUGAAAAGUUGGCCCUUCAUCUACGGCCACGUCUUCCUCCUCCUCCCAUUCUCGAAGAUGCGAAAAGCUAAGGAGAAGCGAGUAGCUGCGUGCGCUUCGCUCCGCCGGACCUCCUGAAAUGGAAAUCUCAGACGGGCAGCCUCGGAAGCAGGUGGAUCCCUUCCCGCGGCGGUGAGCGGAGGACGCCGACAGGCUGGCGGAUCCUCGAAUCCCCUCCUUCGCCAGCCUGACCCGCCGCGCUCGUUCCCCGCUUCUGGCUCUGGAGGGGAGGGCGCGAGCUCAGCGCCCGCCCGACACUUCCUGUCUGCUAGGCUGGCGGCGGAAGGAUCGCGUGCGCCCUGCUUGAGAGGAAGCUCUUCUCCGCGGCCCCUGCUUGCCGCUCCACGCGGGAGGGCGAGAGGAGAGCCGAGCGCAGGCUUCUGCGUGGCUGGCCGGGCGCGAGAACGAGCGUGCAGAGGAGGAUCCAGCCGAGCGAGGCCCCGCUGACUCUGGUGUGUCGGCGGAAGCGUGCGCACGUCGUUCAGCGGGGCUGCGCGCGCGCGCCCGAGCGCCAGGAAGCCCCUGCGGGUCAAUGCGAAGCCGCCGCCGCCGCUGCUCGCUCCAGCGGCAUAAACAUGGCGACUUCCCUGCAUGAGGGGCCCACGAAUCAGCUCGAUCUGCUCAUCCGCGCCGUGGAAGCAUCUGUUCAUGGCAGCAGUGUGCACUGUUCAGAUAAGACAAUUGAAGCAGCAGAAGCCUUGCUUCAUAUGGAGUCUCCAACCUGCUUAAGAGAUGCCAGAAGUCCAGUAGAAGUUUUUGUUCCGCCUUGUGUGUCAACUCCAGAGUUCAUCCAUGCUGCAAUGAGACCAGACGUAAUUACAGAAACUGUUGUGGAGGUAUCUACUGAGGAAUCUGAACCAAUGGAUACAUCUCCUUCACGAACAUCUCCAGAAAUCCAUGAGCCCAUGAAAAAAAAGAAAGCUGGCCGUAAGCCAAAAUCUCAAGUGCCCUCAGCUAUUUCCAGUGCAUCUCCAGACUUGGGUAUAAAAAAGAAGCCUAGAGAGGGCAAAGGAAAUACAACCUAUUUGUGGGAAUUCCUUCUGGAUCUACUUCAAGACAAAAAUACUUGCCCUCGAUAUAUCAAAUGGACUCAGCGAGAAAAGGGCAUUUUUAAACUUGUGGACUCAAAAGCAGUUUCCAAGCUGUGGGGAAAACACAAGAACAAGCCUGACAUGAACUAUGAGACAAUGGGAAGAGCCUUGAGAUACUAUUAUCAAAGAGGAAUUCUGGCAAAAGUUGAAGGACAAAGGCUAGUAUAUCAGUUCAAGGAAAUGCCCAAAAAUAUUGUUGUUAUUGAUGACAAAAGUGAGUGUGGCAGUGAAGAUAUAUCAAUGUCCACUGAUGAGAAAUCAUUGGAACGUGUAUCGCUGUCUGCAGAAAACCUUUUAAAAACAGCGAGUUCUGCUCGUGCAGGAAAAAACACUUCUCAGUUGACCUGCACAAGAUCAGAGAAGUCUGUUGCCAGAGUGAGUAUCUCCUCACCUGGGCAUGAAAUGUCAUCUUGUUCUCCCACCACAACUACCGUUUCAGCAACAACUGCUCCCAGAACUGUUCGGGUGGCUAUGCAAGUGCCUGUUGUAAUGACAUCUCUGGGACAGAAAAUAUCGACAGUUGCAGUGCAGUCAGUCAAUGCAGGGUCACCACUGAUUACCAGCACAAGCCCAACAACAGCAACAACCCCAAAGGUAGUUAUCCAGACAAUCCCUACAGUGAUGCCAUCAUCUGCUGAAAAUGGAGAGAAAAUCACAAUGCAGCCUACAAAAAUAAUCACCAUCCCUGCUACACAACUUGCACAAUGCCAGUUGCAAACAAAAACUGGUUUGCCAGGGACAGGAAGCAUUAACAUAGUUGGAACACCUCUGGCUGUGAGAGCACUUACUCCAGUAUCUUUAGCCCAUGGGACACCAGUGAUGAGAUUAUCAAUGCCUGCCCAGCAGGCAAGUAGCCAUACUCCACCCAGAGUAAUUAGUGCAGUUAUAAAAAGUCCAGAAGUCAAAUCUGAAGCAGUAGCUUUAAAGCAAGAACGGGAGAUUAAGACCCUGCAACUAGUACAAGAAGAGAAACCAGCUGAUGGAACCAAAACAGUUACUCAUGUUGUCGUCGUUAGUACACCCUCAGCUAUUGCCCUC